CAAUUUUCAGAGGGCUUUGUUUCCAAGCAAGGAAAAUGUUGUAUUAUUCGUUUGCUUGAAAGAGCAAUCAGUGAGGUCAACUUGUGGCACUUGCUUUUGUGUGUGUGUAACUAAACAAUAAACCUAAUUUUGAAAACCCAGAAAAGCAUGAUUGCAUUGACUUUGAAUGGACAUGUUUACCACCAAACAUGAUUUCCAAAUAUGCCCAAAUAUUUUAUUUUCUUUUAACAGCAGGAACAGCUAAAGAGGGACAUCUUGUGGCGUUUUUGUGGAAGUAAUAAACGAUACAAAUUAGAAAAACAAAAACAAAUCUUAUAAUUUGUAGGAUUAUUACAUUUGAAACACUUGGGAAAGGUGUAAGUAGGUUAUACAAACACUAAUCUUGAUGUAAACAAUGGUUUUGUAAUAAUUUGUGUUUGUUCUCUGUUCUCAAAGAUGCGAAAUACAACACUGACUGCUCAGAAUUGUAUGUUCCUUUUUAAAACGCAGAAAAGAGGCUUAUAUAUAGUUGCAUUGUCUUCAUUGUAACCAAAGACUGAGAAAUAUUGGUAAUUAUUGAUAUAAUAUUGGCGAGGAGAUAAUUUAUCGUUUUUAAACAGCAAGCAGCUGGGAUGACUGCUCAGUUGAAAUGUAUCUAAAGACCAUAUUUACUCGGCAAAGCUAGUAAACAACAAUAAAAACCCCCUCGCUCGUCUCAGAAGCGUGUCACGUGAUUUGAGGUAAUGCGCGCUGGCUCGCGCUGAAGUGAAGGAUGCAAAAGCGCUUGACAACCAGGAAGUGAAGAAGAGCUGUCGUUUAACCCGUGCGCCAAGUUUAAUGGAGGUCUCUGUGCAUGAUAAAACUAUUGAAGCAGCUGAAGCUUUGCUGCACAUGGAUUCACCAGCCAGCUUGCAGGGGGAUCGCAGCACAGAGGAGCUUUUAUCUGAGAUGGAGGUGGAAGUGAGAUCAGAGGAUAUGGGACCUGUUGCCAAGGAUAUUGUUGUCCUGCAGGAGACCGAUUUGUUGAAGAAGAAAAAGAGAGCAGGACGAAAACCCAGAACUCCACGGAGUUUCUGUGAUGGUUCUCUGGAUAUGGUCUAUAAGAGGAAAUCAAAAGACAGCAAGGGCUCAACCACUUACCUGUGGGAGUUCCUACUGGACCUUCUGCAGGACAAGGAAACCUGUCCAAAGUACAUUAAGUGGACUCAGAAAGAGAAGGGCAUAUUCAAACUUGUGGACUCCAAAGCGGUGUCUAAAUUAUGGGGCAGGCAUAAGAAUAAACCUGACAUGAACUAUGAGACAAUGGGGAGAGCACUCAGGUAUUACUAUCAAAGGGGCAUUUUAUCAAAAGUGGAAGGCCAAAGACUUGUGUAUCAGUUUAAGGAGAUGCCCAAAGACAUUGUUUUCAUAGAUGAUGACAAUAUGGAUGACAGCAUUGAUGAAGGAAAGAGAGAAAGCCCAGCUGCAUCCAAUCGCAGCAAUCCAAAAGGCAAAGGGAUGCUGGUCUCUCCCUCUUCUGCUGUACCUAAAAUCAUCAAUCUAACCUCAGGACAAGAUGCCUUUAUGACCGGGCAGCAGUCGCCAGACAACAUAGCAACACCCCCUGGGACAGUGAGGCUUGCCAUGCAGGUUCCUGUACUCAUGACAACACAGGGUCAGAAAAUCUCCACAGUAACUGUCAACUCUCCCACCAUCCGCUCGCCGAUCUUCUCUGUGCCCAACUCAGUCACUGGGGGUAACAGUGCAGGCAAAGUGGUUCUCCAGGCCGUGCCAACGCUAGUGCUUCAGGGCCAAAGCGGUGAGAGAAUCACCUUGCAGUUCAUCACCCUUCCCACCAUGCCUGGCAAACCCGGCACUCCCAUCACUCUGAGCACGCUAUCCCCUGUCACCGUAUCUACCAGCAACGCCCAGGUCCUGAAGCUCGCCGUGCCCUCCAACAUCACCACCACUGCCUCCUCAGCUCCUGUAACUGUGGUGACCUCUCAGCCGGGAGUGACCAUGGUGCCGAACGUACAGCCAGCGAUGUCUUUACAGGAUGUGACUAUUAUUAAGGUUGAAUCUCCUGAGGUUUCUGUGGAUCAGACAGUUAACAGGGCUGCAGAGAACACACCGAGCACACAGACGAACCCCACGACCACACAGAGCUGAGCAAA